AUGUGGACACUAGAUCAUGUGUCGUGUGUAGGCGCGUCUGAUAUGGAUAACAGACGUACAUCCUCAAACUUCGAGGGAAACUUUGACUCGUGCGAUCCUCUCGGAUCAGUCUUGGAGUUGUCUGGUCGGGGGCCAGCUCGUGUACUUCGGCGACGGUGCCGCAGCGAAGGAGUGGAUAGGUCACCCUACGAGGAUGUGACGCGCGAUCGGUCAGCGGAUUAUAAUUCUCGUUACCAACGCACCCUGCCAAACAAAAGUUACUUUACCCUAAACGGCGCUCAGGAGGAGAGUUACGAUCACUACCGUUACGAGUGUUCAUUUGCCGCCGCCGAAAACGGUGACUACGCUAUGUCACACGACCAGCAGAGGCACCACAGUUAUCUGGCAGCUAGAUCAAAGUUACAUCGAUCAAGUCCUACUAGACCAUUAUUAGUAACUCCUAUGUCAAAUUCAAAAGUGGAUGACAGCCGUUUACCUAAAGUAGAAGAACUUUUAGAAAGAGUAGACCAAGAAAUGAUGGAUAUGUCUGUAGUGAAGCAGCCAUUAAAGCAAAUACUCAAUAAUCCUUUACCAAAGUCCCCACCUCAAGGGAUUCUUAAAAAACCCAAAAGUAGACCAUAUCAAGAUCCAAAAUUUAACAUUGAAGGACGAAGAAGGCAAAGAGCUUCUAGUGAAUCAGAUAAUUUAUACUGCAGCUUCCACAUAGGAUCUCCGAUUCCUGGGUAUGAUAGCCGUUUGUCCUACCUUUCAAGUAACAUGAAAAGAGCAAAAGACAGCUCAGGGACUGGGUACUCACACGGAACUGCAGUUGCUUGUUUAAACACAUCAUCACAUGCUAAAAGCUCACCAGUAUAUCAAAAACCCCUUCGUUGUUCUUGUAAAGAUCAAGUGAUAGUAACACCAAAAGAGGAUAUGUUUGGUAUGCACAUAUUGAGAACCACAGCCAUUAAUAGUGAGACAGUUGAUCACAUACCUAAAGUCGAAAUGCCACGUCAAGAGACGCCCAUGCCUACUUGCCCAGCACUAAGUCCUUCACUUCCCGUGAGUUCAGUUACAGCCAUUCCAGUAGUCAAAAAGCCACUCAAAACAGUGAAGAAGAAAGCGAAACUCAAAACGAAGUCCUCGAAAAUGAAGUCGAGUAUCAAAAUCGAAAACGGCGUCGUGGACGAUAUUGAAGAUGCAACCAGUAGAUCUCCAUCACCGGACAUCAUGACGGAUGGAGAUUGGCCAAUGGAAACCGACACAGUGAUCUCUGAAAUAGAGACGUUGGACAAACCCCUGCCAGCGACCAUCACUAGAAAAGAAGAGACCUUAGAACAUAACCUAGUUGCCAACUUAUCCAAUAAACUUAACGGCACAGUUGUGUCGCCUAAGAAUAAUGACACAAAUAGCAAGGAACAUCAGCAGUUCUUGACUGCGUUACAUACUAUCAAUCCGUUUAAAACACUGACGUCACGCAAAGAUUCACAACUUGCCUUGCCAGAAUCAAUACAAAAUUGCCUCCGGCCAUCCCUCUUCCCCCGUGUUCCUCCAUACCUAAAGUUCAUGGGGCAUGAAGAAACAACUCCCCUUAAAAUACCAGCACCUAUACAAAAACAUCUAAAAUGGAAAUUGACGACGAUAACACCUAUUGUUGUAAAGAAGACCCUCACUAAUUCUGGAUUUAGAUUAGUAAAAAGUGACUGUGAUACAUCGGAGUGUCCACAAGAAGAGACAGUGGACUGGAUUGGUAUAUGGGGUAAACACAUGAAAUCACUUAUGUUCAGAGCCAUAAAAGAUGGACAGAAAAUGAACCAUUUUCCAGGCACAUUUCAAAUAGGAAGAAAGGAUCGGUUGUGGAGGAACCUUCAAAAAUUGGUUGCAAAACAUGGAGUCAGCGAGUUUGGUAUCAUGCCCAAGACAUAUGUGUUGCCUCAUGACUUGAAGAUAUUGAAACAUGAUUGGCAGAAAUAUGCGGCCAAUAAUGAGAGAUGGAUAAUCAAGCCACCAGCGUCAGCACGCGGCACGGGAAUCAAAGUAGUGUCCCGUUGGACACAGAUCCCGAAAAAGCGGCCUGUGGUAGUGCAGCGAUAUGUGACAAAGCCUUACCUCAUCAAUGGCAAUAAAUUUGACAUGCGUCUGUAUGUGCUGGUCACGUCUAUGCAUCCAUUAAGAAUUUAUUUAUAUAAGGAUGGUUUGGCCAGGUUUGCUUCCGGUGAGUACGGUCUUCUGAAGUGUUCAUAUAAUUCUGUGCCUCCUGUGAUAGGUGAUACAAGUGAAAAAUCAUCAUUUUACAAGAGUGCAAAAACAAGAUUUAAAAAAUUCUUGUUCGUGAACUAA